AUGACCUCGUCUCGUUCCGCUUCGGAAUUUAGCUCCGCGAAAUCCUCGUCGCAAAGCGCAAGUCGAAUCACGUCACUCCAUUGCUUCAAUUCCUCCCCGUUGGAGGACAGCCUUCAACGAUUCUGGGAGAACGAGGAGGUUCCAAGUAAAGUCAUCGUAUCGCCUGAGGAUCAGCAAUGCGAAGCGCAUUUUCUCGCAACUCAUUCUCGAGACGCGACCAGGCGUUACAUCGUGCGUUUGCCGUUCAAGUCCGAACAUCCGCUCGCCCUCGGUGAUUCGCGGCAUCGCGCGGAAAAACAGUUGAACUCCAUGUUUCGCCGACUCGAGUUGCAGCCCGAUCUUUUGGCGGAGUAUCGCGCGUUCGUCGAUGACUACGCGCGCCUUCGACACAUGCAGCUGGCCUCACCUCACGCCGGAUCCGAACCUGUCGUGUUUCUGCCGCAUCACCCGGUCUUCAGAGACUCGAGUUUCACGACUCGCGUUCGCGUCGUUUUCAACGCGUCGAGUCUCACGUCGACCGGAUCAAGCCUCAAUAAUCACUUGAUGAUCGGUCCUAAAUUGCAAGUCGACUUACCGGCGGUUCUUCUUCGUUGGCGACAGUUUCGGUUCGUGUACUCCGCGGACAUCGCUAAAUGUACCGUCAAAUUCUGA